GUUGUAGUAUAAAAUAUGCGGCCCAUUACGUUUAAUUCGUCAGUCGAAGUUGUAAGAUCGAACGCAGCGUUUCAUUCCAACUUUAUCGUUAAAGUUGUUCACAUCUUCUUCAAUUUAACAUUCACCAUGAUAGCCUCUCCCUUCGUUUUGCCAGUGAUUGUCAUGUUGGUUUCGAUUGGAUCUAUCGAAGCUGUUCCAUCAACACGUCGGUCAAGCAUUGAGAACACUACGAGCGAAUCUCCACCCGAGAAGGUGUCCAACAUCAAAAGCCGGCAAUUCAACGUGAACGUGCCGACAGGAGCCACCGGUUUGAACGCUGGAAACUCGGCCAGCCUUCAACAAAGUCCACUUCAACAAUUAGCCCUUUUGCAGCAAGUGACCACUUCGAGCACCAACCCCAUGUCCAUAGCAUCGGAGCUGGAAGCUCAGAAACAGGAAGCCUUUCAGUUGCAAAAUCAAAAACAACAGCAAGGCCUAAUGGCUUCAGUGCAAAUUCAACAGGACCAAGUGGCAACAGCCCAGGCAGCCAUAACAAAUCAGAGUCAAAUGGUGAACGGUCAGUUUCAGCCUGGGGCCAACGUGCAAGCGGCGCUCAAUCCACAGUUGCAGCAACUUCAGCAGACAUUGGAGGCCCAGAAGCAACAGCUUCUGGUCCAGCAGCAAUUGCUCCAGCAGCAGGUGAAACCCGAAGCCCAACAAAUGAACAAACAACAAAUUUUGAUUGCCCAACUUUUGAACGAGCCUCCAGCGAAAAGGCCUCAACUGUUGGAGCAGAUUAAGCAGACCAUAACGAAACAAGAAGCCGCGAUGAUGGUCAAUCCAUUUGCUAAUCAGAUCGGACAGACGAGUUUGACACCCACUAGUUUUGCUCAAUCAAAUCUAUCGUUGCCAAGCAGAAGUCAACAAGAGAUGCAACGAUACCAGGCCUUGCUUCAACUCCUCAGCUUGGCCAGCCUGUCCUCAAAUAAUCCCAAUCGGCUGGGCCAUUACGCUGAGUCAAACAGACCGACCAUGCCAUCCAUUGGUUCUGGAGUUCCUUUUUCAUUUGGUAGCAACGCAAUCAAUGCUCAGCUGCUUCAACAGCAGCAAAUGCAGCAGCAAAUGCUUUUGAUUCAACGACAGCAACAAAUGAUGAUGUUCCAGCAGCAAAUGGCCAUGAUGAAUCCUUUUAUGUUUUAAAAUGUUUCGUUUUUUUUUUAAUGUUAUAUCUUCUUUAUUAUUUAUUCUCGCACCGUUUUUUUUUAUUUCGCUUAAAUUAAACAGCCUCACUUUGUUACGUUUGACGUGUCGAGACGUCCAUUAAAUUUUGUUGGCCCCCUCCACUCGUUAAAUGCCUCCCUGUUUCUGGCAAGGAAGGAAAUUGACAGAAUACAUUGCUUAGACUUUGUU